AUGGAGCACAAUAUGCAUGUGAAUGCACCGCCGCUGCAUCAUUGGGGCUAUGGCGCUGCUGCUGCCGCCAUGCCUGCCGCGCCGCAAGGUCACUGGGUGCCGCCGCCACAGAGCCACAGUCACCAGAGCCUGCAAAGCCAUCAGAGCCAUCAGAGUCAUCAGAGCCAUCAUUCGCACAACAGUCUAAAGCGCGCGCUUUCCGAGAGCGACUGCGACGAGCUCUACUCGGAGGAGUCUUCCAAGGAACAAAUCUCACCUGGUGAGACCGGCAGCUGCCAGCUGAUGAGCCGCAAGAAGCGUCGCGGCGUCAUCGAAAAGAAGCGCCGAGAUCGCAUCAACUCCUCGCUGACGGAACUGAAGCGCCUGGUCCCCUCCGCCUAUGAGAAACAGGGCUCAGCUAAGCUGGAAAAGGCUGAGAUCUUACAGCUAACUGUGGAACAUCUGAAGAACUUGCAAUCGAAAACUCUCGACUCGCUCAGCUACGAUCCGCAGCGCGUGGCCAUGGACUAUCACACGAUUGGCUUCAGGGAAUGCGCCGCCGAGGUGGCCCGCUACCUGGUCACCAUCGAGGGCAUGGACAUACAGGAUCCGCUCAGGCUUCGCCUCAUGUCGCACCUGCAGUAUUUUGCCCAGCAACGCGAAAUCUCUGGCGUUGCCGCCUAUCAGCCCAAUUGUGCGGCCACGCCCUAUCAGACAGCCUAUGCAACGGCUGCCGUUGCGCCCUCUGCUGCUUCCUCGUAUGUGCCCAGCCCUGGGGGCUACAUGAGCGCCUCGCCACAUCAUGUGAGCCGCUCCAGCGUCUCGACAACGACGAGUGGUGCAACUGUCAGCGAGAGCCACACGUCAGAGGCAGCCACACAGCAACAGCAACCACAGCAGCAGCAGCAACAACAGCAGCAGCAGCAGCAGCAACAACAACAACAACAUUAUACUCAGGAGCACAGCGCACAUGCCGAGCAGCCGCAACAGGUGCCACAAUCGGUGCAACAGGUGCAGCAGCAGCAGGUGCCCACCUACAUAGAGCUGACCAACAGCCAUCGCAACGAGCUGCCACCCAGCGAGAGUCUGAGCUACAGUGCCACGCCCCAAUAUCCAGUUACUGUCAGCCAAGACUACAAUGCGAGCGCCCUGCAAUAUGCCACAGCGAAUGGAACGAAGCCCUACAGGCCCUGGGGCGCUGAAAUGGCCUACUAG